AUGGCUGGCCCCUCGGUCGCCAUUCGCAACCACUGCGUUGCUGCCCUCGCCGAGUUUGUAGGCACCUUCAUGUUCUUCCUGUUUGGCUACGCCGGCGCCCAGAUCGCAAACGCCUCGCCCGUCCGCGCCGACGACAAUGCCGCCCCCAACAUCCCGGUCCUGAUGUACAUUUCGUUCGUCUUCGGCAUGUCCCUCAUGGUCAACGUCUUUGCCUUUUACCGCAUCUCGGGAGGGCAGUUCAACCCAGUGGUCACCAUGGCACUGUGCCUGGUUGGCGGCCAGCCGAUCCUUCGCGGCGUCAUGGUCGUGGCCGCUCAGCUCGUCGGUGGCAUUGCCGCCGCGGCAGUCUCGGCGGGCAUGUUCCCCACGCCCCUGAGCGUCGAGACGACGCUCGGUCCUACGACCUCUGUGGUUCAGGGGCUGUUCAUCGAGCUGUUCUUGACGGCACAGCUGGUGUUUGUGAUCCUCAUGCUCGCUGUGGAGAAGCACAGGGCGACCUAUGUUGCUCCCAUCGGCAUCGGCUUUGCACUUUUUGUGAUCCACAUGGCUGGUGUCUACUUCACCGGAGCCUCUGUCAACCCAGCUCGCUCGCUGGGACCGGCCAUUGUCAACAGCCACUUCCCCAACUAUCACUGGAUCUACUGGGUCGGACCAACCCUCGGAUCUCUUCUUGCCUCGGGAUUUUACAUGCUCCUCAAGUUCCUGCACUGGAAGGAGGUCAACCCCGGCCAGGACUGGGACGGCAUCAAUCACCUCGAGGACCAGCGUUCUCGGGACGCCAACGAGCCACUGGUUCCACAGGGCCAGGUCUAA